AUGCGUGUACUAGGCACUUUGACCGGCCUACUGGCUGGGACGAGGCUCCUGACCCCCACGCAGGCCAUCGAGUUGGACAUCACCAGUGAGGCAUCGAUCAAAAGCGCAGCGAGUCUAACAACAUGGGGCGCCAUGUCAUAUUAUACUGGCAACGAAACGGGCCAGAGCCCAGGCAUCAUCCCUAAUAAAUGGUACGAAGGAUCCGUGCUGUUCCUGUGCGCUAUGUACUACUGGCAUUUCACGGGCGACUCCACAUACAAUGAGGAAGUCCGCGUCGGACUACAGUCCCAAGCUGGGAAUGGCGACUACCUGCCGUCGAACGCGGCUCAGUAUAUGGGGAAUGACGACCAGGGGUUCUGGGGCGUUGCCGCCAUGACGGCUACGGAGCUGAACCUCACCGACUACGGCCAGUACUCGUGGCUAUCGCUUGCGCAGGGGGUGUUCAAUACCCAGACACAGCGCAAUACGGGAUGGGAUGAUACGACCUGUGGCGGCGGCGUGCGGUGGCAGCAGUACAAUUACAUGAGUGGGUAUACUAUGAAGAAUGCCAUCUCGAAUGGACUACUGUUCCAGAUCUCGGCUCGUCUCUAUCGCUACACUAAUAAUGAGCAGUAUGCCCAUUGGGCGGAGAAGAUCUGGAACUGGUCGAAUGAGUACCUUAUCAACAACCAGACUUGGGAGAUUGCCGACUCAGUCACUACCACCGAGGAGUGCAAGGUGAAGGGCAUGGGUGAAAAUUCAUACAACUAUUCCGUCUUUCUCAUGGGGCUGGCCUAUAUGUAUAACUAUACAACGGGCGCUGACCAAGAAAAAUGGGAGAAAGCCCUCUACGGACUUGCCAACAAGACGCUGAAUGAAUUCUUCCCUACUAAGUAUGGUGACAUUGAAUACGAGUCGGUCUGCGACCCAUUCCCCAAACAAUGCUAUGACAGCAACAAGCUGUUGUUUAAGGGCCAUACCUCAUCCUGGCUCGGCUGGACCGCGAUCCUGGUCCCACAGAUUUACGAAAAAAUCCUACCCCGACUCCAGGCGACCGCUAAAGCCGCCGCCGCCGCCUGCACGGGCCCCGAGCAGAACGGCAAUCAGUGCGGGAGUGCGUGGUACCAGAGUGAGUUUGACGGCCGCACCGGAAUGGAGCAGGAGAUCUCUGCUAGUGACCUGUUUUCUGUCAAUUUGAUUCCGUUCAUCCAUGGCGCGCCCCAGAAGGUCUUAGGGCCCUUGACUUCGUCGACCGGUGGGUCGAGUACGAGUAACCCGAACGCGGGCAUGAAUGAUCAUUCGAAUGAAGUUCAGUUCGCGCCUACCACUACAGGAGAUCGAGCCGGCGCGGGGAUACUGACAGCUGUUUUUGUGGCUGGGUGGAUUGGGGGUUUGGCUUGGAUGCUCUUGGAAUAG